AUGGCCGCAUCAAUUCAGGAUGUUUGUAGAAAAAAUCCUGAUAGAAGUGUGGACCUCAUCUUGUCUGUUUCGUCUUGCAUUGAGAACAAAGAUCCUGUAAUUCAAGCUCUUGGUUUUCAAAGUCUUUGUGAAGCUGACUUAAUUGCCAUUCGUUUACUUUGUCAGACGUGGGAGACCAAUGACCGUGCCUUUGGAAGUUUGCAGGGAGUGUUGCUUCCAAAGGGGUUCACUGAAUUAAAGUCUGAGAGAAAUAUAUGCAUCAGUAUGGCCGCAUCAAUUCGGGAUGUUUGUAGAAAAAAUCCUGAUAGGGGUGUGGACCUCAUCUUGUCUGUUUCGUCUUGCAUUGAGAACAAAGAUCCUGUAAUUCAAGCUCUUGGUUUUCAAAGUCUUGCCCAUCUAUGUGAAGCUGACGUAAUUGGUAAUCCUGUUGUCUAUUAA